GGAAGCAUUACAAACAUAUCCUUUACACAUGAUUAUUCUGAUUACUACAGACUGGAAGGUACGCUUGACAGAUUUAACUUCUCCUCCUUUCCAAAUCUUGUCCGUCUCGACCUUCACAAUCAAUGGAUCCGUGGAAAAAUCCCCCAUAGCAUUGGAUCUCUUUUAAAUUUGGCCUACUUGGACCUGUCCAGGAAUCAGUUUGAGGACACCCUACCUCUUUCUCUUGCAAAUCUCACUCAUAUUUGACAAUUCAGAAUCUCUGAAAAUUAUCUAAUAGGGGAAAUAGAUUCAAAUCUGUUUGAAAAUUGGACGAAACUCACCUACCUUGACCUAUCCAGGAAUAAAUUUGACGGCACUCUACCUCUUUCUCUGGCAACUCUCCCCCAAAUUUCACAAAUCAAAAUGUCUUGGAAUUAUCUAACAGGGGAAAUAGAUCCCGAGUUGUUCAGAAACUGGUCCAAUCUAACUCAUCUUGACCUCCAUUCCAAUCAGUUCACUGGGACUAUUCCUCGUGAAGUGGGUAUGUUGACCAAUCUACAGCACCUAAACCUCUCAAUAAACGAACUAAGUGGAUCCAUUCCGGACCAACUUCCAAACUACCUUUCUUUGCAGUACCUAGACCUCUCAACGAACAAACUAGGUGGAUCAAUUCCAGAGAGCAUCGGGUCUCUUUCAAAAUUAGUCUAUUUGGACCUGUCAUAUAAUCAAUUUGACGGUACCCUUCCCCUUUCUCUGGCAAAUCUCACCCAAAUUUCACAACUCAGGAUGUAUGAGAAUAAUCUAACAGGGGAAAUAGAUCCCAAGUUGUUUGGAAACCGCAGGAAACUAACUCAUCUUGACCUCCAUUCCAAUCGGUUCACUGGGAAUACUCCUUGUGAAGUGGGUAUGUUGACCAAUCUAGACUACCUAGACCUCUCAGGAAAUGAACUAAGUGGUUCAAUUCCAAACCAACUUGCAAACUGCUCUGCUUUGCAGUACCUAGACCUCUCAAUGAACAAACUAAGUGGAUCAAUUCCGGUGCAAAUUGCAAAUUGCUCUGCUUUACAGUUCCUUUCCUUCGGAAAUAACUAUUUGACUGGUGGAAUUCCUUUACAGAUUGAUGCUCUAGCAAAUCUCCAAUAUCUGGACUUCGCAAAUAACUUUAUCGAGGGAAAGAUACCAGUACAGCUAGGAAAUCUGACACAUUUAACCAACCUAAAUCUCUCCCACAAUAAACUUUCAGGCACAAUUCCAACAUUUCAUUUACAAAUAUCCAUCUCCCAAUACAUUGAUCUAUCUUACAAUGAUUUGGAUGGUCCUGUACCUAGUGACUUGGGCCUUCCUGAAUUUACCCUACUUGAUCACAACAAAGGUUUAUGUGGUGAGCAUUGGGGCAUUCCACCAUGCAAUACAACAAAGAAAGAAAGCAAAAAGGAAAGCAAGAAGGAAAGCAAGUUUGUCAUCUCUAUUGCAGUCUCUCUUAUUGGCACCACAUUUCUCGUAUUUGCAAUUGUUGGAGCUUUCCUCCUUUUCAAAGGCAAAGCAAGAAAGUCACAAAUUGAGACAAGAAUAGCAAGAAAUGGAGAUCCAUUUUCAAUUUGGAAUUAUGAUGGGAAGAUUGCAUUUGAAGACAUCAUCCAAGCAACAGAAAAUUUUCACAUAAAAUACUGCAUUGGCACGGGAGCUUAUGGUAGUGUUUACAAAGCAGAGCUGCCAGGAGGUCACGUAGUAGCUUUGAAAAAGCUUCAUAGCUUCAGAAGUGAGAGCCCAGCUUAUCCCAAGAGUUUUAGAAAUGAAGCAGAGAUAUUAAUAAACAUACGGCACCGGAACAUUGUAAAACUUCAUGGAUUCUGUUUUGACAAAAGAUGCAUGUUUCUGGUUUACGAGUAUAUGGAAAGAGGAAGCUUGGCAUGCAUUUUGAGGAAUGAUGUAGGGGCUGUGGAAUUGGAUUGGGUUAAGCGCGUGGAUGCUAUCAAGGGUAUUGCCCGUGCUUUGGAAUACAUGCAUCAUCAUUGCAAUCCACCAAUAAUUCAUCGAGAUGUAUCAACUAAUAAUGUUUUGCUGAAUUCAAAACUCCAAGCAUUUGUUUCAGACUUUGGAACAGCUCGACUACUGAAUCCUGAUUCAUCUAAUAGGACUUUACUGGUAGGAACUUAUGGGUAUAUCGCCCCAGAAUUGGCCUAUACUAUGGAAGUGACUGAAAAAUGUGAUGUUUAUAGUUUUGGAGUGGUGGCACUAGAAAUAAUAAUGGGGAAGCAUCCAAGAGAACUCCUCUCCUCAUUAUCAUCAUCAAGUACAAAGGAUAUACUAUUGAAAGAUGUAUUAGAUGCGCGUUUCCUCCCUUUCUUAGAUGAAUUGAUUGUGCGGGAUGUGGAUUUUGUGACAAGCUUGGCACUUGCAUGCUUACAUUCCAAUCCAAGGAAUCGACCAACCAUGCAAAAGGUUUCCCAGGAACUAAGUGGCCACCGGUAUUCAUUGCCUAAACCCUUCAAUGCAAUUUCACUAUGCCAUUUGACUGGCCUUGAAAUAUAAAUUUGUGGUGUUGUUUGGUGAUACGUUGUUACAUUCAAUAUAAGACUUGAUCUUGUUUAAUAAACUAUGCUUUUCAUUUUA